UGUGUAGUUCUGCCUCUCUCGUCUCCCAGCAGUGACGAUGACUCCUCAGUGAUGAAGGCUCCAGGAAAAAGUCGAGCUGAGUUUCUGUUUGACCAGAUCAGAUCCUCGACUCCGACGUACGACUCAGGUGUUCUUGUCAAUGAGGAACCACAGGUCUCACAGGAACAGGAGUUUGCAGGAAGUAGUUCUCCGUUACAACAGGAAGUCUUCGGCCGAGAGAGGAAGAGAGUCGCUGCGGACUCAGGUUACCUGUCAGACCAAACUGAGGGCCCGACAGCCCAUAAGAGGAGGGUGGAGUCUCAGACAGGAGGGGGGGAGCCUAAUUCAGCAGUGACAGCGUGGUCACCUGAGGAGGCGGGGCCUCCCACAGAAGAGGAGGGGGUAUUUGAAGAAUGGGUGGAAUCUAAUGACAACAGGGAGGGGCCUGUGAAUACACCGGGGUCUGGGCCGGAGUCAGAACUGACGUCUGACAUCACGGCUGCUUUCAGAAGCUUCAAAGAACGACUGGAGCACAACUUCACCGGCGGCUGGAGGACGAUUCAAAACCAGGUUCUACUGUCGCUGAGAGAAAGUCAACAACAGGUGUCAUCACUGCUCACAGCUGUCCAUCAACACAGGUUGUUGUUGCUGCAGAAGUUUGAGAACGAUGUCACUGAUCAACUAAAACAACUGGAAGAAAACUCAACAACCGUGAACAACAUGAACACACAGAUACUGAGUUUUUUCCAGGAUGAGAUGCAGCGACUCGGCUCCUUCUGUGACGAACACCAGCAGCGGUUGAAAUGUUUGGAGAAUGGAGAAGCAGAAAAUGCUUCUAUUCAGUGAGAGAGAGAAGAGUUCGUCCAAUCAGAGAAGUCUUCAGAUCCAGUUUCAGUCGUCGUCUCUUGGGAAUGAAAAUCCAAUCAUCAUCGUUACCACAACGUUUUCAUAUUUUUCUGAUCUUUGAGUUUUUCGUGUUUCUACUUGAUUUAAAGGAACAGAUUCUUCUGACUGAAACUAAUAAAGAAAAUUAAAGAGUCUCUAAGUGUCUCUUUG